AUGGAUCAAAUCCAAUCUUUUGAACCGUGUAACUAACCUUCUGACAUACAAAUACAUUCAAAUAUUUGUGAUAGCAAUGACCAAUAAAAAAAUGGUAAUCAAACCAGACGAGCCUGGUCUCUUAAAGAAGACAACCAACUCAAAUAAGCCAUUAAAAUAUAUAGCACUAAUUGGCUAUAGGUUGCUUAAGCAUUACAAAAUCGAAAUCCUUCUUAAUGUGCUUAGAGAUGGAAAAGAAUAAAACCUUAUAAUGUACAAGUUUAUGAAAAUUUUCAGUAUAAUAUACGGAAACCAUGGACAAGUAAAGAAGACUAGCUACUUUUAAGAUUAGUACAAGUACAUAAUAAAAAUUGGGUUUAAAUUGCCAAAUGUAUUCCUAAUCGUACUAGUAAACAGGUAAGAGAAAGAUUUGUAAAUAAAUUAAAUCCAGAAAUUAAUUAAGAACCUUUCACUAAAGAGGAAGAUAUGAUUAUAGUUGAAGGAUAUAAGAGCUUUGGAUCUAAAUGGUGCAAGAUAUCUAAAUUAUUAUAAGGAAGACCUGUAUGAAUUAAUUAGUUAUCAAUUAGGAAAACAUAAUAAAAAAUAGAUAUUAUUCAUAUAUUCGAAAGCGUUAUUUUAAUAUUGAGAAUCCAUAUUAUGUGGUUCCAUAACCAAAUAAUGAGAUAUAAUAGUCUAUCCAAAAGGAAAAUAUAAAUUAUUAAUAAAACAAAUCAUUUAAAAGAACAAUUGAUAAACUUAAAAUUCGAAAAAGAUAUUUUGUAUUUACUUAAUUUAUCAAAAGAAAUUGUCUAAUAAUGGAUAGAGUGAAAAUAAAGAGAAAAAUGAAAAUAAUAGUAUAGACAAAUAAUUGAAUUAAGAAAAUGUUAAGUUAUAAAAAGCCUUAAUUUAAGAAAAUAAUCAAAUAAAUAAUCAUCUUAAUUUUAGUAAUUUUAUUUCAAUAGUAUAGGUUAAUUCUAAGAGUAGGACAAAAAAAUAUUAUAAAAAAAUAAAUAAGUUAUAAAAGAUGAACUUUCGAUUUAAUAAAAUUAGAUUAAGCAAGAAGCAGAAUAAGAUUAAGUUGGAAAAUUGGAACAAUUAUAAGAAAGUCUUAUAUUAUCUCAAAGUUGUUAUGCUCCUAUUCCAUUAAUUUAUAAUACUGCUUAGACAUAUAAGAUGAUGUAUUAUUUCCCACAACAAUUAUCCAUGCAAUUUAUUCCUCAAUAUUUCAUGAAUGGCCCAUAUCUAUAAUAUGGAGUAUAAAGUUAGGAAACAUUGCUUUCAAGAUCAUAAGAGAUACAAUAAAAAAGUCAACAAUUAUGA